AUGCCAAAAAAUAAUAAAUUAAUAGAUGUGGCUAAAUAUUUAAGAAGGUUCUUUCAUCAAGAUCAGAAUUUUUGUUGAAUAUAGAAUGUUAGUGAAUUAGAAAUAUAUUAUUUUUUGGAGGGAAUGAAAACCUAUUAAUACCCAAUGUUAUAUUAAUAAUAUUAUCAAAACGGGCCAAUUGGACAUUUGGGUUUAUAAUCUGAAUUACCUAUGAAAACUAAUUUCUUUAUUAAUUAGGAAGAUGAUUUAUAGAAAUUCAUUAAAAAGCCAAAAAAAUAUAGUAAUUAUUAUGAAGCAAUCAGUAUUUUGAUGAAUUAGAUAUGUAUAAUCUAUAUAAAGCUGAAGUCAACAGAGCUUUAAUAGUUUCUCAUUUAGCAACAAAAAUACUUGCUUCGAAUGGAAUACUUUGUUAUACUUUAGAUUCAAGAAGUUAUGUUGAAUCAAAAUUACUAUCUCAAUAGCCAACAGCAAAAGUUAUGAAGGAUUGUUAGAUUGCACAUUUAUGCACUAAUUUAGGUAAGAGAGAUAAUUUAGAAACUGAUUCUCUUGUUGUUGGAGCUUUAAUCGAUGAUGAUAAAUUACAUGAUAUAAUUAAAUACUUUAAAUUAUGGGCUGAUGGAUUAAAAGACUAGCUAGUGGAACAUUUGCUCAUUUUAAAUAUAGUACACAUUCUACACCUAUUGUUUAUCCUGA